GAAUGAAGAGAGAGGAGGAGACAUAAAGGCUGCUCAUUUCCUCCUUAUAAACCGUGUUUCUGAAGGUGGGGCUGUUACACCUCUUCUUCAGCUUCUCCAUCCACAUCCAGCAGUCACUCAACAACACAGAGAUCAUGGUGGUCCACAAGGAGUUCCAGACUGCAGGGAAACAGCCAGGGCUGCAGGUAUGGAGGGUGGAAAAGAUGGACUUGGUGCCAGUACCCAAGCAGCUUUAUAGCAACUUCUAUAUCGGAGAUGCCUACAUCCUUCUCUAUACCACUCCUGCUCCAUCCUACGCCAUCCAUAUGUGGCUUGGGAAUGAGUGUUCUCAAGAUGAGAGUGGAGCUGCAGCAAUCUUUGCAACCCAACUGGAUGACUUCUUGGGUGGAAAGCCAGUUCAGUUCCGUGAAGUCCAGAACAACGAGUCCCUCACCUUCCUUAGCUACUUCAAGUCCGGUAUUAAGUACAAGCAAGGUGGUGUAGCCUCUGGCUUUCAACAUGUGGUGACCAAUGACAUGGACGUGAAGCGAUUGCUCCAUGUUAAAGGGCGGAGGGUGAUCCGUGCCACAGAGGUUCCUCUGUCAUGGACCAGCUUCAACCGUGGAGACUGUUUCAUCAUUGACCUGGGCAAGGAUAUCUAUCAGUGGUGUGGCAGCGAGUGUAACAGGUUUGAACGUCUGAAAGCAUCUCAGGUGGCCAUCGACAUCCGGGAUAACGAGCGUAAUGGUCGUGCCAAGGUUCAGAUGGUUGAGGAAAACUCAGAGCCAGAGGCCAUUACUGCUGUUCUUGGACCCAAACCCGACAUCCCAGCAGGAAGUGCCGAUGAUGAGGCUGUUGAUAGAUCCAACAAGAAGGGCACCCUUUACAUGGUUUCUGAUGCUGCAGGCUCCAUGAAGACCUCGCUGGUUUCUCAGAGUAGCCCAUUCAAACAGGAGAUGCUUUCCCCCAGUGAAUGCUACAUCCUUGAUAAUGGAGUUGAUGGAAAAGUCUUCUUGUGGAAAGGUCCAAAAGCCAAUGAUGCUGAGCGUAAGGCAGCCAUGAAUUCCGCAGAGCAGUUUAUCAAACAGCAAAACUACUCUAAAAACACUCUGAUCCAGGUGUUGCCCGCUGGCGGGGAGACCACACUGUUUAAACAAUUCUUCAGCAACUGGAAGGAUAAGGAUCAGACCACUGGCCCAGGGAAAGCCUACACUAUUGGGCGAAUUGCCAAAGUGGAGCAGAUCCCCUUUGACGCAGGCAGUCUGCACUCCAACAAAGCCAUGGCUGCCCAACACGGCAUGGUGGAUGAUGGCUCGGGCAAGGUGCAGGUGUGGCGUGUUGAAGGUGGAGAAAAAGUUCCUGUGGACCCCUCCACCUAUGGUCAGUUCUAUGGAGGAGACUGCUAUCUGAUCCUGUACAGCUACAAACAGGGAGGCAAAGAGCAGCAUAUCAUCUACACCUGGCAAGGACUGAAGUGCACACAGGACGAGUUGGCUGCCUCUGCCUUUUUAACAGUCAAAUUGGACGAUUCUAUGGGAGGAUCUCCCGUGCAGGUACGUGUCACUCAAGGCCAGGAACCAGCCCAUUUGAUGAGCCUGUUUAAGAGCAAGCCGAUGAUCAUCUUUUUGGGCGGGACCUCACGAAAAGGCGGGCAGAGCAGCACAGGACCUACACGUCUUUUUCAUAUCCGUCAGACCACCACCCGUGCUACACGUGCUGUUGAGGUGAAGGCAUCUGCUGAAAAUCUGAACACCAACGAUGUGUUUGUGCUGAAGAGUCCAGACUCCUUGUUUCUUUGGAGAGGAGUCGGGGCCACAGACGAGGAGCUGUCUGCUGCCAAACACGUCUGCAGCUUCCUAGGUGGCAGCGCAACUGAAGUGGCUGAGGGGAAGGAACCAGCUGGCUUCUGGUCUGCUCUUGGUGGAAAGAAGGAGUAUCAGACCUCCAGCAGUCUGAAGAUGACAGUUAAACCACCUCGCCUUUUUGGCUGCAGUAACAAAACUGGCCGACUCAUAGCGGAGGAAGUGCCAGGCGACUUUACUCAGGUUGAUUUGGCCACAGAUGAUGUCAUGCUCCUGGAUACCUGGCACCAGAUCUUUCUCUGGAUUGGUAACGAUGCUAAUGAGGUGGAGAAGAGUGGAUCAGAUAAAAUAGCUAAGGACUAUGUGAACUCAGACCCCUCUGGCCGUCAGGGCACGCCCAUCAGCAUCAUAAAGCAGGGCUUUGAGCCACCCACUUUCACUGGCUGGUUCCAGGCCUGGGAUUCAUCAAUGUGGGACAAAGACCCUCUGGAACGUAUCCGCUCCUGUUUCUGAAGAAAGUGAUACAAAGGCAGUUUGCAUAGCUUUCCAAAUGCACAAAAUUGCUGCUUUCUGCCACAAGAAAAGUCUGCUAUCUGAGAGAGCUAAACAUUAACAGCAAACACAAUGCUAUGCACUAGUCUCUAUAUACACUGUCAUGUCAUUAUUUCAUGAAAUGCAUGCUUUUGGCUUAAGUAUUAUACAUACAGUUAUGUCUAAAUCUAUACUAAAACUAAAUGUUAGAACCAAUGUGUUCUCUAUGUGGCUGUAAAUUUGGAUUUCGUAAUUAUGCAUUAAAUAUUUUAAAUAAAAUGAAAAAUGUUAAGAUGUAAUGUAACAUUUAGUUUACUUUACAUCUUGCAGUAAUUAAUAAAUUCACAUAGACCAAUCACUGUUUAUAAAUGCAAAAUAAUCUGAACACAUUUUAAAUAUUGAAAUAUGCUGGUUCUUAAUAAAAUGUGCAUCUUGAAACACUG